GAGAAGAAACACCGACAGGCGCGCACCGCCGUUCGGGACUUGCAAGGAACAGCGGAUCAACAGCAAGCGAUCGCCGCCUAGCGCCCUGUCACUUCCGGGACGGUCCGUCAACAUCGUCACACACGUCGCGGCGAUGACCGCCCGCCCGAACUCGCCGAGCUUCGCUCCCGUCUCGGGAUGAAACUGCGGCGACUUUCCUGUCGCUAAGAACUCGUCACCAGGGUGAUAAAUCGCCGUUGGCAGCCUCCUUCAGAGUUCUCCGGACGGGCCAGCCUACCUGCGGCACCGAUUAACAGGUGACAGCCUCGGAUCUGAGAACGUGGAGAGUGUAUUCUGACACGAAGCCAGCCCCAAAACACACGACAUCAGCACCUUCGGCUCAUCCACUUGGUCGGGAAACCUGCUCCACUGCGGACGUUGGACAUUUUUCCCCGAAGUCGACAUGGAGGACGAUGCGAGCGAUGUACGGAUCGCACAGCCGACUGAAGGACUUCCGAUCGAGGCUUGAUUGCUCUCGAAUUGCACGCAGCGCCGUACAACGAGUGUGUGGUGUCUUGCUCUCUGAAACUCUUGCAUCCGCCCGCCGGGAUCUGCGUAGCGCGGCAAAAGCAACAGUUGGCACAUUAUUAACGGGACAAUACUGGCACGAUUCUCCACAGGUCUGACGCCAUCUGCCUGUUCAUCUACCGUGUGAAACUCCCCUACAGACCUCUACUAUAAAGUCAUAAGGUAGAGUCCAAUAGCUGUUCAUUAAUCAAUUUACGUAGUUGUGCCGGUGUCGCUAUUAUAUGGAAUUAAUCCACAAGUAGUGCAAUAUAAAAAUUUGUCUAGCAGUAAUAUAGUCUGUGUACUGCUUUAGUGGAAAGUAGUAUAAAGUACUGUUUCUCAGGCGUCAGACCGCUGCUGACAUCGGAGGAAACUAGCGAUUACGUACUGCGUUAAAAAUAGCUCGCGGAAGGUCGCGCAGCAGUGUUGCAAAAAAACACACGCGAAAGACAGCAAUUUCGGAGCAACAGCAGUCGAAACUGUUUGCGUCUUCCAACAGAGCUGCUCCUGGAUGGUAGUAUUCUUGAUAUCUGACGCGAAAGGUGACUUUUAAUGCGUGUGCUGAAUCGAAGUAAAUGUCAUUGUUUUACUUAGCAGUUUAACGAUUAAAUAGAAGACAGACGAGCUUGUUUCGCAUGCUGUGAGUGUGGAAUGACGAAAGUGCACGAGUUACGAAGAUAAAGCUGCUGCUGUCAAAACUGACGUCUUUGUCUAAACUGGUGUGUAAAAGUUGGACAUUUGUUGUCACGAAACAGGUGUAUCAAUAGUAGCAGAGAAAACAAUUCGACGUAAUUUGACUACUUGUCUGUGCGGGGUAGUAGCGUAUUUUAGGGUAAAAAAAGUAGUUCACUGCCUGUAUCCGAAGGAAUAUUUCUCCUCGUGUGUCAACAGACCAGAACGGUGAAAUAUAUAUAUAGAAAGUGUGGCCUGGAGUGCAAGACACCUGUCGCGUUUAUCGGGAGAUAUAACUGCCGGAGCAACUUGGCAGCAGGUCCGGGAGAAGACAAGAAGAAACGAAGAGAGCGGCGGUGAAGACGACGGCGACGACGACGCGCGGUGACCACGCUACUCGGCCGUCAGCUGUUUUCCAGGGACGCUUCCAGCUCCAGAAGAAGGGGGAGCGGCCGGCGAGAGGGAAAAUUUACGACCCACCGGGCGAUCAAUUAUUGUCCGCGACUGGAGGCCAGCCCUACGUGCGUGCGUGCGUGCGCCGCUGCGUAGCGCUUCCAGCACGCGCCGCGCCGCUGCCAGGCGACGGGAAAAGCGGAAAAUUGCGCCCAGGGGCGUGAUGGCCGCCCGAUGAGCGACGCCGUAACUGGUGUGGAGACGGCGUGAGAGCAGCGGACAGCACCCAAGUCCAGCCACCUCUCCCCAGCGCGGGACCCUCGGCAGCCACCGCCUCGACCAUUGAUCCUCAACAGUGCAACCCGGCGUACGCCGCCGCCAUGAGUUCCUACCAGUUCGUCAACUCGCUGGCGUCCUGCUACGCCGCGCCGCAGCAGCAGCAACAGCAGCAGCAGCCGCCUUCACAGCAGCCGCCCCCGCAGGCGCCGGGCGGCGGGGGCGGGCGUCCCGGUCUGGCGUCCCCCGGGGGCGGCCAGGACUACUACGCCCCCAGCGCCACCGCCGCCUACCCGCCGGCGUGCUACUCUCCCCAGCAGCAACAACAGCAGCAGCAGCAGCACCAUUACGGACAGUACGGGGGCGGAGGGCCGGCCGCGCUGCAGAACGGCGGCGGGGGCGGCGCCGGGGGCAGUGCCGCCGCCGCCGCGGCUGCAGCGGCCGCCGCCGCUAUGAUCGACUACACGCAGCUGCACCCGUCGCACCAGCAGCGGCUGGCGCCGGCGCAGAUGCACCACCAGCACCACGCGGCGCACCACCAUCACCACCACCACCCGCAGCAGCACCACGCGUCGCCGCCGGGCGCCGUGACGCCGCCGCUGGUGGGCGUGGUGCCGCCCCCGGCGCUGCUCGCGUCCGCCGCCUCCCAGCAACAGCAGCAGCAGGGCACGCAGCAGGCGGCCAGCUGCAAGUACGCAGACACCGCCGCCGCCGCCGCCCCCGCGGCCUCCGGCGGCUCCGCCGGCGCCGGGGGCGGCGUCGCGUCGCCGCAGGACCUCAGCACGGGGUCCGGCCGCUGCAGCCCGCCGGGCGUCAAGGUCAUCCCCUCGCCCGCGACUCCGGGCUCCGCCUCCGCGGCGGCUAGGGGCGGCGCCUCCCCGGGGGCGGCGUCUGCCUCCGGCGCGGGGGCGGCCGUCUCUCAGAGCUCCUCGUCGCCGGCGUCCAGCACGUCGUCCACCUCCAGCAACGCUAACGCUGCGGGAGGCGGGAGCGGCGCCGGGGGCGGCGGUGCGUCCGGCGCCGGGGGCGGCAAGCAGGGCUCUGGCGCCGGCAGCGCCUCCAGCGGGACCGCGGCGGCUGCCACAACUAAUCCUCCGCAGAUCUACCCCUGGAUGAAGAGGGUGCACCUCGGGCAGAGCACCGUGAAUGCCAACGGGGAGACGAAGCGGCAGCGCACGUCGUACACGCGCUACCAGACGCUGGAGCUGGAAAAGGAGUUCCACUUCAACCGCUACCUGACGCGCCGCCGGCGCAUCGAGAUCGCGCACGCGCUCUGCCUGACCGAGCGCCAGAUCAAGAUCUGGUUCCAGAACCGGCGUAUGAAGUGGAAGAAGGAGCACAAGAUGGCCAGUAUGUCUGCCGGCGGUAACUACUACGCGGGGCCCGGUGGCGCCCUGGUGCCUUACCCAGAUUUCCACCUGGCGUCACUCCAGGAUGAAGGCUACGCGUUCCACCAGGCGAUGGGCAUGGGGGUGGGUCCCAUGCAGAGAGGCCUGUACGCGUGCGGCAGCCCCUACAGUUAGUGGGAGUGGCAGCACUGGGGCCAACAACAGUAGUAGCACUGCACAAGCGGGCGGUGGCAGCGCCUGCUGCGAGGCGCCGCGCCGCGUCUCGAGUGGCAGGCCUGUCUCAUGGACACUGCUGCCAACCCAGCGGCGAGAAAGGAACUGCACUUCCCCCAGUUGUACGGUUUUCCCUCUUCUAGCACAAACGACACACACAACACGAAUGUACGAUUGUCUGAAGAGGAAAACAUCUGUGGGGUUGACAGCACUCCCUUCUCUUUACCUUUGCCACAAAAAAAGGAAAAGUGCUUUGGGAAGGCCAGUGUCUACAUUGAUGGAUCAUCAGUUGUGCAGUGAUAAAAAGACAACUCUACUACUAUUUUGGCUUCAGUGUAGCCGAAGCAAAUUACUUGAGUCUCAUUAGAGAAAUCAGAAACAAAAAAACAUUUUAUGUACUUUUGAUGCAGCGAAGUAUUUCGUGAAUCCACCGUAUUUAACUUAUAGGGUAAUUAAAAGUGAUCUAUCAUCCACCUAUAGGCAUCAAAAAUUUCAAAACACAGCAAAAAUCGCUCUACAACCACAUGAUUAAACCAUUUGUCAGCAAACUCCACAGAAUAUAUUAGAAUUGAUUCUGUAAGUGACAUUUAUAUAUGCAAAAGAUACGUCUGCAGAGGUGUACAGUGUUUCACAACCAACUAUUUUCCAUUCAUAAAAAACUUAAAGCAUCACUCAAACUCAAGAUCCAAUGUAAAUUGCAGUGCGGUGGUAAAUUUUGGACACUAUCCUGGUGUAACAAAUUAUUAAAAUAAAAUUAAUAUUCGGAGGUGGUUGAGUAAGUCUGAUGUGGUUUCUGCAAUAUUGCAAUGAUCACUGUGACAGCUUGAAACAAUCUAAGUAUUAUGUACAGUGAAACAUGAAGACAUGUUUAAUUUUCAAGUGGACAGUGAGAUAUUUGAAAAAUAGUUUACUUUGUACAUAAAAUGAAGCUGUGGAACGGUUAGAUACCUGAAUAUGAGCAGUUAACUUAUUGCCUGAUACCCUGGUAUUGUAUUGAUAAAAUAUUUACUCUAGUAUAAAUAUGCAAAAUAUUUAUUUUAACGUUUAUGUGAAAAAGUCAGAAAUGACAGAGAAUUUACUGUAUAUUAUUCAUGAGCACGGAAUGCUGCCACUAAAUACCUAUAGCAAAUAAAUGUUUCCAUUCCAUUCAGGCAAAUGCUACUCAGUUCUGUGCCAUGGCUGUUGAUGUCAAGCGUUCAUUCAACAAGUACUUUUUAUAGUUCAAUUAAGGACUGUGGCUGAUGUUUUCUAUCUCCUUUGCUUUCAUUGAAUUGUCUCAUUAAUUAGAAAAAAUACAUAUAUUUCACAAUGCUCUGUCACUACAUACUUUAAGAAUACUGCAUUGUUUAUAGAAUAAAGCUAUAAAGCUCGUAUAUCGUCUAGAAAAAGAUUUGUCUUCUUGGCACUUAAUAUUCUCUUCUAUUAAACAGUCUUAAUCAGAAGGACCCAAUACUGAGACUUCUCUGCACUAUAUUGAUCAGGAUUUAGGAUGAGGAGGAUAUGUGUCAAGAUGACAAACUUUUCGUAAUAAGCUUCAGCUGCUACUUGAAACAAAAAAAUAUUCAGUCACUGGCAGUGUCAUAAACAAUAUUUUAGAAUUUAAGGCAUACUCCUAAUUGAUAUUUGCUCCUGUAAAUCUCAUGUCAAUGUGAUGUGUAAUUAUUAAUUUGUAUGAUUGUUUAUAUUAUAAAUGUAUAAAUAUAAAAACCUUCUGUGUAUAUAAGUGGAAAAAACAACUCGAAACCGUCUGGUCUGUGAAUACGUGAUUGAUGAUGCAUUACAGUGACUUCAUGUGUGGUGUAAUCUGAAAGCGUGUGUCGUGUAUGUGUGUCAAUAUAAAUAUGUCGAUACCUAGGUAAUGUGAAAAAAUCUUGGACAAAAAAAUGUAAAAUUAAUAUAGAACUUGCAGUUACAAAGAGUUACUCUCUUAUGUGAAUCCUAAUUGAAUAAAUUAAACACUGUAUUCAA